AUGACCGUUGUUACCGGCUGCUUUGGCGCUUCCAGUUUCACAUCCGACGUUUCUUCAUGGGGGUCGAGCUUGUCCGAAGACAUGAAGAAGCUCAUCGUCCAAUCCGUCACCAUCAACUCAACUGCAUUUGAAGGAGAUCAGGACGGCGCUCUAACUUUCAUAGGCGCGAAGACGGAGACUGCACUGCUUCAGCUCGCCAAAGACCAUCUGGGUAUGCAAUCCCUGGCGGAAACGCGGGCCAACGAAGACACGGUCCUUAUCGAACCGUUUGACUCGAUCAAGAAAUACAUGGUCGCCGUCAUCAAAGUCCCGUCGGGCUAUAGACUGCUCAUCAAGGGUGCGUCGGAAAUCGUCCUCGAGUUCUGCACGACGCAUAUGAAUGUACCGACUGGUGAUAUCGAGCCCCUGGACCGCAAAGCCACUGAAGACGCCAUCGCCGCGUUCGCAGGAAAGUCUCUCCGCACGAUUGGAAUUGUGUACAAGGAUUUCCAGGAGAUUCCUGAUCUCGAGAGCUUGAAUGAUCUCACACUCCUCGGUGUCGUCGGUAUCCAAGAUCCAGUGCGCCCUGGAGUUCCCGCAGCUGUCAAGAAUGCUCUUCGUGCUGGCGUGAGGACGCGGAUGGUGACUGGGGAUAAUAUCUUAACUGCCCGAGCCAUCGCCACAGAGUGCGGUAUCUUCACCGAUGGAAUCGCCAUGGAAGGGCCUGAGUUCCGCCGAUUAUCUGAAGAAGAGCUGGACAGGACUAUCCCACGCCUGCAAGUCCUAGCCCGCUCAUCCCCCGAAGAUAAACGCAUCUUGGUCACACGUCUUAAAGCCCUCGGCGAAACUGUAGCUGUUACUGGUGACGGUACUAAUGAUGCCCCGGCACUUAAGGCUGCAGAUGUUGGUUUUUCUAUGGGUGUCUCUGGUACAGAAGUGGCAAAGGAGGCGUCCGAAAUCAUCCUUAUGGACGAUAACUUCACCUCGAUCGUCACUGCGCUGAAAUGGGGACGGGCUGUCAACGAUGCUGUGCAGAAGUUCCUGCAGUUCCAAAUUACCGUCAACAUCACUGCGGUCUUGCUCGCCUUCAUCACAUCCAUGUACAAUGAAGACAUGGAGCCCGUGCUCAAGGCCGUCCAACUGCUCUGGAUAAACCUUAUCAUGGACACCAUGGCCGCCCUAGCCCUAGCCACAGACCCUCCCACAGACGCCAUCCUCGACAGACCCCCACAGCCAAAGUCAGCACCGCUGAUUACCAUGAACAUGUGGAAAAUGAUAAUCGGCCAAUCCAUCUUCCAACUGGCGGUAAUCCUCGUCUUGUACUUUGCCGGCGGAGCCAUCCUAAACUACGACGUCAGCAUCGCCAGCGGAAAACUCCAACUCGACACUAUAAUCUUCAACAUCUUCGUGUGGAUGCAGAUCUUCAACGAGCUGAACUGCCGACGCCUCGAUAACAAACUAAACGUCUUUGUCGGCGUGCACAGGAACUGGUUCUUCAUCGCCAUCAACGCCAUCAUGAUCGGGCUGCAGAUUGCGAUUGUCUUUGUCGGUGAUACGGUGUUUGAUAUUGACCCCGAUGGCCUGGAUGGCCCGCAGUGGGCUAUUUCGAUCCUGGUCGCGGCGUUUAGUCUCCCCUGGGGUGUUGUUGUGCGGUUUUUCCCUGAUGAGUGGUUUUCCUGGUGUGUUUAUCUUGUAGCGCCGCCGUUUGUCGUUUGCUAUCGGUAUAUGGCGAAGGGGUUCCGCUGGUUUGGCGGGCUGUUUAAGAGAUCUGGAAAGGAACUUAUAGUGGAGGGAGAUAAUUCAGGUCAAGAUACAGCUAAAGAUGAAAAGAUGGCUGCAGCGCCGCCGAUCUUUGUUGGUAUGCAAACAGAGAAGGUAUAA